GGCCUGGACCCGGGCCUGGACCCGGAGGGCGCGUCCCCGGGCCUCGCAGCUCCCGGCCCCGGACGCGCGCUCACAGGCGCGCGCGAGGACGCGCUCCGGGGACGCGCGAGGACGCCGUGGCGGGAGAAGCGUUUCCGGUGGCGGCGGAGGCUGCACUGAGCGGGACCUGCGAGCAGCGCGGGCGGCAGCCCGGGGGAAGCGUCCGGGACCAUGUCUGGAGAACUACCACCAAACAUUAACAUCAAGGAACCUCGAUGGGAUCAAAGCACUUUCAUUGGACGAGCCAAUCAUUUCUUCACUGUAACUGACCCCAGGAACAUUCUGUUAACCAACGAACAACUCGAGAGUGCGAGAAAAAUAGUACAUGAUUACAGGCAAGGAAUUGUUCCUCCUGGUCUUACAGAAAAUGAACUGUGGAGAGCAAAGUACAUCUAUGAUUCAGCUUUUCAUCCUGACACUGGUGAGAAGAUGAUUUUGAUAGGAAGAAUGUCAGCCCAGGUUCCCAUGAACAUGACCAUCACAGGUUGUAUGAUGACGUUUUACAGGACUACGCCGGCUGUGCUGUUCUGGCAGUGGAUUAACCAGUCCUUCAAUGCCGUCGUCAAUUACACCAACAGAAGUGGAGACGCACCCCUCACUGUCAAUGAGUUGGGAACAGCUUACGUUUCUGCAACAACUGGUGCCGUAGCAACAGCUCUAGGACUCAAUGCAUUGACCAAGCAUGUCUCACCACUGAUAGGACGUUUUGUUCCCUUUGCUGCCGUAGCUGCUGCUAAUUGCAUUAAUAUUCCAUUAAUGAGGCAAAGGGAACUCAAAGUUGGCAUUCCCGUCACGGAUGAGAAUGGGAACCGCUUGGGGGAGUCGGCGAACGCUGCGAAACAAGCCAUCACGCAAGUUGUCGUAUCCAGGAUUCUCAUGGCAGCCCCUGGCAUGGCCAUCCCUCCAUUCAUUAUGAACACUUUGGAAAAGAAAGCCUUUUUGAAGAGGUUCCCAUGGAUGAGUGCACCCAUUCAAGUUGGGUUAGUUGGCUUCUGUUUGGUGUUUGCUACACCCCUGUGUUGUGCCCUGUUUCCUCAGAAAAGCUUUCUUGUGCGUGCCUCUCAUCACAAACUGCCCUUGAAUCCCGCCUUUGAUGUGAGAACAGGACUAACCGGCGUUAAAUCGGCAUUUUCUACAUCAGGUCUCCAGCCUGCUCUUGACCUGACACCAACACACAAAGCAGCGGCAUUUUGUUGUCUGUCAUUUUCUUUCCAUGUCUGUGACAAGCUUGGAGGCCGAGUUGCAAGCUAAGAUCCAAGAGAGCCAUCCUGAAUUGCGACGCGUAUACUUCAAUAAGGGAUUGUAAAGCAGGGAGGAAACCUCUGCAGCUCAUUCUGCCACUGCAAAGCUGGUGUAGCCAUGCUGGUGAGAAAAAUCCUGUUCAACCUGGGUUCUCCCAGUUACGGAAACCUUUUAAAGAUCCACAUUAGCCUUUGAGAAUAAAGCUGCUACUUUAACAGAGCACCUGGCGUGGGCCAAGUGCCUGAUACUCCCUUACACUGAAUCAUGUUAUGAUUUAUAGAAAUACCUUUCCUGUAGCUUUUAUAGUCAUUGUUUUUCAAAGACGAUAUACCAGCCCUCACCCAGGUUUUAAAAAAGCACUGGUAGGCAUAGAAUAGGUGCUCAGUAUAUGGUCAGUAAAUGUUCUAUUGAUUAUCAAUCAGUGAAAAAAGAAAUCUGUUUAAAAUACUGAAUUUUCAUCUCACUCCCAUUGCAAAUCAAGGAGAUCUCAGCAGUGAACUGGGAAAAUACAAAAGCUCUGGGCUAAUCUAUAAAAACUUACCCCGAAAUAUUAAGGGCAGUUUGCUUCUAGUUUGGGGAUUGCACUAGCCCAAUGAAGGUGAUGAAGCUUUUGGAUUUGGAGCAUAAAAGCUCCUUCACACCCCUUCCAAAAGUCAGUCACAGACCACUGCAACAUGCCUUCCCUGCUGGAUCAUUAUAUACAUUCAGAUUGUGAGUGGAUUGCCUUGGUUGACUUUUAAUUUAUUGUUUUAUGUUCUUAUAAAGAUGAUAAUCUUACCUUGCAGUUAUUGACUUUAUAUUCAAUUAUUUACAUCAAAUAAUGAAAUAACUGAAAUGUACAAAUGUCAAAUUUUGGAAGUAUAUUCAAUACCAGUGCUGUAUGAGUGGGCUGAAUCCAGUUCAUUGUUUUUUUUUUGGUAAAAAGUGAGACUACAGUUCCAGCUACCUACAUGUCUUUUCUUGUCAUCCUUAUAGAUCUCUUUGGCUUUCAGAAAGAUACAGUGAUAAUGUGUGUAUGAAUCAGUCACAAUGAAUUUUACUUGAAUAUUGUAUGUUGCAUUCCACUUCAUUUGAAAAUAAUGAAACCAUGUACCACUGUUUACAUCAUCUGUAGUGAUUUCAUAGAUAAUAUAUUUAAUAUAACAGAUUAUGUUUCAACUCUGUAGAUGUUUAACAUCAUAGACAGUCGGCCCUCUGUAUCCGUGAGCUCUAUAUCUGUGAAUUCAACCAAGUUUGGAUGGAAAUUUUUUUUUCUUUUUUUUUUUUCUUUUUUUUUUUGAGACGGAGUCUCGCUCUGUCACCCAGGCUGGAGUGCAGUGGCGUAGUCUCGGCUCACUGCAAGCUCCGCCUCCCGGGUUCACGCCAUUCUCCUGCCUCAGCCUCUCUGAGAAGCUGGGACUACAGGCGCCCGCCACCACGCCCGGCUAAUUUUUUUGUAUUUUUAGUAGAGACGGGGUUUCACUGUGGUCUCGAUCUCCUGACCUCGUGAUCUGCCCGCCUCGGCCUCCCAAAGUGCUGGGAUUACAAGCGUGAGCCACCGCACCCGGCCUGAAAAUAUUUUUUAAAAAGAUAAAAAAUAUACAUAACAAUGAAAAAUAAUACAAAUUUAAAAACCAAUACAGUAUAACAACUAUUUACAUAGUGCUUACAUUGUAUUAGGUGUUAUAAGCAAUCUAGAGAUGAUUUAGCAAGUAUACAGAAGGAUGUGCCUAGGUUAUAUGCAAAUACUGUGCCAUUUUAUAUCAGGAACUUGAGCAUCUGCAGAUAUUGGUAUCGGAGGGCGGUCCUGGAACCAAGCAUCCACGGAUACUGAGGGAUGACAUUUCAUGAAGUGUACAUCAUUGUAUUCAGAGAUUGUAAAUGAAAAAAAUAGAGAAACUAUUUAGUUUUGGCAGAUUUUUUUUCUGACAAUGUGACCAGACUGAAUUUCCUCAUAAAGAAAAAAUGGCGUGC